AGGCAGACAGGGAGGGGAAAAGCAUGCACAGCAAAAACAAAGUGAUGACAGAGGAAUAAAGGAGAGCAAAAGCCUGAAUGGACUCAGCUCUCCUCUCAGCCAAUCAGAGCCUCUGCCUAUCCUCCUUCACCAUCCAGACGCUGCCAUUGGCUGCUGGGAGCAGAGAUGCAGAGACACAGCAGGGUAAAGAAGAGGAAGACAGAGUCAGAGGAGGACAGCUGGUUCCCACACCUCCACCCCCCCCCCCUCUCUCUCUCUCUCUCUCUCUCUCUCUUUCUGUCAGUUCAUCAGCAGUUUCUCUGCUCACGCUGCUUCCUCGGGUCAGACAGGCUUUAUUUAACGAGAUGGACCUGCAGCCCACCAACUGGAGCUACUGCAGCUGCUGUUUACCCCACAGCAUCAUGGGAGCUGGAGUCCCCCGGGGGGGCGCAGAAGGACAGCUGAUCAGCUGAGGAUUGUGGGUCAGCAGAGUUGGGAGAUGUGAGCUGGUGGGCGGACGGCGCUCAGCAAACUCUCGCUGUCGUCUCUCUCCUCGUCUCCGCCGCUGCAGCUUCGUCCUCUCCUCCCUCUCCUCCCUCUCCUCCCUCUCUUCCCAGCCUCACGUCUCCUCCUGCAUCUGCCGCCGACGCACCUCCACCAGGAGAAGCCAGGAUGGGUUGUCGCCUCACUCGGACCAAGGCUAAGACUCACGAACCUUCCGGCCACCGCCACCGCGAGGAGCUCCAUUUUGUGGACGAGUAUGGCCAGCCAAUAACAGUGCAGGUGGACAGUAAGAGGGGGCGUGGCCACAGGAGGAGGCGGUCCCACUGCGCGAUGGAGUGCAGCGUCCCAUCAGAAAGACACUGGGAGGCGCUGAGAGCGAUGGGUCUGAUGGAGGGGGAGGACGGCCAGGGAGACGUCUACGGUGCGGGGAGCUACUAUGGUCACAUGACCGUGUCACCUGACCCAUACCCGACCAACAGCCACAUGAUGAUGUCACCUGACGUGUAUCCGCCCAAUGGCUACCUGCCCACAACGUCCAACGACCAGCACCCAGGUAACAGCUACCUGCCCAGCGUCUCCUACAGCUUGGACCACCUGGACAGGCUGGACUACCAGGGGCCAGAGAUGAUGCCCUACCAGCCGAACUCGGAGAGCUGUCUGAUUGGCUGCUACAGCGCAGAGGAAGGCAAGCCUCAGACUUUCCCCAGACAGUCGGACUAUCGUCCUCCCUGGAGGCCUGACCGUCCUCUCAGCUACCUACCCCUCAGUGAGCUUGACAGCGGGUUGGGAUGCGGGCCCGACAGCCCCCACCACAGGGUGGCGCUCUCAGAAGCUGAGACAGAUGCCAUGUCGUCGCUGCCGGGUCACACCGCUUCCUCCCAAGGUUCCUCCUCGUCCUCGGAGUCGCUGAUAUCGUCCGAACCCAGCGACUCCGGCUUCCACAGCGUCAGCACCGGGGAGCACAGACGGCUGCACAAGAUCCCCAGCGGCCACGCUCACCGGCAGACUCACCACUUCCGCUCAGGCCACUCCCCUCGAGAGCAGAGAGCACGCUGGGAUUUGGAGUCCAUCCCCGAAACGACGCCGGUGACCCACGCUGGACCACCGCAGGCUUCCCGGUGCUCUGUGGGAAACAGCACGACCACAGUGGUUCAUUUCCACAGAGCUGAGAGAAGUCCCACGUUACCUCGCCACCAUUCACCGCCGUCGCCCUCCAUGGGUAGUCGUACGGAGCCCUGCCAGCGGAGGGCGCUGUGGCUGGAGCAGCAACAGCAGGGCGGAAGCGGAAAGAUGGAGGCUCCAGGGAGGAGUCGAACAAUAACAGAUCUGAGUGAAGGCCAGCGGCCUCGCAGGGCGAGUCACCCCAACAUGACCGACCCGCCCGCUUUGAGAAACACUCACCAGAACAGCCACCCCGGUGCGAGCGGCAGCACAAUGGGACCGAGGAGCAGGGCCAGCUAUCCCAGUAACUGUCAUCCCAACGAUCCCGUCAACCUAGACAGAGUCAGCCUGAUCAACCAUCACAGCGCCAACCGGAGCAGAGAGGAGGACUCCCUCUCCAAAAGCCCCGGAUCUGCGUCCAGCGGAGUCAGCGGCGUCUCAGACUGGCGGGGCUUCCAGACUCUCUGGAGUCACAUGGAAAAACCCAAAACCUCCUGCGGCCCCUUCUACAGCACACUGGGAGCCCCAGAGCGUAGCCCCCGAUCUCCCACGUCUCCCCGCUCCAGGCUAUCCAAUCAGAAGUCGGUUAGGAAUCAGCUGCUCAGAGCCCGGGCUUACCGAUUGGCCAGGGAGCGCAGCGAGGUCACAACAGAUGAAGAAAUGCGAGGGGACGGGUCGAGAGGUGGCGAGGACGAAUGGGAGGACGGUCGGUGGGCGGGGAGGUACUGGAGUCGGACCGAGAGGAGGCGCCACAUGGCGUUGUCACGGCAGCAUCGAGAAAGGAGAGGCGGCAUGGAGGAGCACGUUGGCGGAUGCCAGGGGGCGGCGUCGUCUCAGAUGGUGCUGGAGCUGAGCCACCUGAAGCAGAACCGGCUGAGGAACAGCAAGCUGCUCGACGAUUGGACGACGGUGGAGGAGCUGCUGACGCACGGCACCCGGGUGGAGAGUGACAGUCAACUGUGUCCCAGUCCGCUGCUGUCAGUCACCACCGUCUGAUCCAAAGACAGGCACUUCCUGUUAGCUCGGAGCGAAACCUCACAAAGGCCCAGGUCCGUUAAGGGUUCAGCUAUGAUCGUCCAGAACAAUGAUCCCCAGCAGGGGAGAACAAUCCCAGCUGCUCCUCCGCAGCCCAGGGAGAUACAGCCAACUACAAUCAAUCUGAACCAUCCGGUUUGGUAAGUCAGAACUCAUCAAAGGCUAAUAGAGACAAAGUUAAUUGGCCAAAAAAUAAAUAAAUUGUGAUUUGAUAAGAAAUCUGUCACAGAAUAUCAUUCCAAGGAACAACUUUCUAGUUACCCAACACAGAUUGCUCAGAUGCUUGAGAUCCGUCCCCCCAAAAACCCUGCUCAGCUCAGAGCAUCGUUCACAGAUAUCUUACCGUGUGGUUGCCAGGUACUGGCCCAGAUCUUUGCCCCUUCUUACCUGUAGCUGGUGGAGCUUCAUCCGUCUGAUCUCUGGACGUCCAUAGAAAAACAAACCUGAGCAAUAAUUGUCACAAUUUAUGAAAAACUGCCUUCCUGCUGCAACUUCUUAAUGUCUGAAUCUCAAUAAUGUCACGACGGACGGGCAUGUUGUUCUGGCUGAGAAUCAGAACCUGCAGGCCUGACCUUCACCGGAUCUGAGAGCAAACCUCAAAUACUCGGCCUCAGCUGCGACCCGUUGUGAAAAAUAUGUGAUGAGCUCUGCAGAAACGUUCAACCAGAGACGAGUUUCAUCAAACUCUAAAGUGUGAGAGCAGCGCUGCAGAGGAAACUUUCUGCAGGUCUGUGUGAGUCAAAGGCCUUUGGAGAGCUUCACAGGUCUGCUGAGAAACUUCGCGAAGCAGACCGCCUGUGACUGUCAUCAAAUAUCACAUGAGGGGUGUUUCCUGGUGGAAAAGCGUCUCAUCGUCGGAUGGACUCAUGUGUUUGUGCCAUAUCAGCGUUGACUCCCCAGCGUCUCCCACGCUGCAGGACCGCUGGGAGACGCCAUCACUGCACCUGGGAGGAUUUCUGCACCUCUCUGGUCAAACAGCCUCAGCAUCCUCUGGGAGGCUGAUUCACCACCGUUUUAAAGCAUCACAGUUGCCGGUUUAUUUCUGAGUGUUUCUGUUGUUUUUGCAGUUUCUUCACUCUCAAACACAGCUGGUGUGCAAGUAUCUCCACAGCACUGUGCUUAACGAGGUUUUCCUGUGUGCAAAAGUUAGCCUUUGUCUGUCCAUAAAAGGUCAGUAGAAAGCCAGGAUGUCCUAGAACUUAGCCUGAUCAUCUGAAGACGUUGAUCAUAAUCUGUAAAGAAGAAGCACCAAACAAAUGUUGGAUCUAUCAGAUUCUAGGAUUUGGAGGUUUUUAUUCCUUUAAUUGCAUUUUUUGACCUUCAACCAAGUUGUGGUCCAAUUCACCCCGGAGGUAAAACCUGUUUCUUUUUGGUGCUUCUGCACAGUUAAUGAUUGCACUUUUUGAAGAAUACGAACAUCUAAUUCAGUAAUCAGAGCUGAUCGUAUUUUAAACUAACUACUUUCUGUUUGAUCUAUAAAAUUUCCACAUUCAUAUUGAAGGACUUGAAAAGUUCAGCACCAAGAGAAAGUGAUGGACAUCUGUGUUGAAAUCUCAGUCCGCCUUCAGACCAGAAUCAGUUCAGGUGGAUAAAGAGUUGAGAGUUUGGGAACAUCAGUGGUUCUGUCCUGGUAUAGUGAGAAGGGGUAAGACUCCAGGAUCAGGAUGUCUCUGAUGGUUCCAGGAGAAACACCAGUAUGUCUCUCCUAGAGUAUGUCCGGCUCGGUCUACUUUCCUCUACGGUACCAUGGACUCACACAUGAUGGUCCUCUGUGGAAAUGCGGACGUGAGAUUUAAACCUGAACAUGAUAAAACACCAGCUGUUAUCAACCUGCUCAGGUUUUAAUGACAGCCUACACUCAGGGCGGUGAACCUACAACCUACUUGGUGCCUGUCAUUAAGACACGGUGCAAGACGACAUUUACAGAGCAGUAAAGAGUCCAGUACCUCUCUCCAGAUGUCUUGUCUUAUUAACCCUUUGUUUAACGAGGAAGGCCAGUUGAGAACAAAUUCUUGCUUGAUGACCAGAGGCAUUAUGCCCGGCAG